AUUUACGAUAGUUUUUGUUCAAAAAAUUAUAAAAGUGCGAUACGACUCAGUUAAUGAUUUAAGAAUAGCGCAAGCAAAAGUGUACUUUAGUGAAUAAGUUGAAAAGGAUACUCCAGUAAUUUAAAUCGUCCUUAUUUGAAAAUCUCAACUCGGUGUAGAGGUCCCCAUUUCGUAGGCGUAUUUUGCAUGUACGGAAUCCAUGGCGUCAUUAUCAUUACCACGAGUUCUGCAGCUGAAGAAGAACAGCUUAGAUGCUGAACGUGAGCAGUUCGAAAAGUUUCAGAGCCUGGCCAUCUCCAAGGCGAUCAACUCGGUAGAGACACCGGUAAAAGAGAAACAUGUCCGCAGCACGAUUAUCGGCACUUUUCGGGAGCAGAGCGCCGUCACGUACUGGAUGGUUGCCCUCCGACUCCCCCUACAAGAUAAUCGGAUCGUCGCUUGGAAGUUCUGCCAUGUGACACAUAAGCUAUUACGCGAAGGACACCCAGCCUGUCUCGAUGAUUCGCAGCGGCACAUCACCAUGAUCGAGAACUUGGCUAAAUUAUGGGUACAUCUCCGCGAAGGCUAUGGUCGCCUGGUUAAUUUAUACUGUAACCUGCUGGUAACAAAACUGAAGUUCCACGCUCGGAACCCCCGCUUCCCCGGCAAUAUGGCGUUGACAGCUGACGAACUGGACAAUAUCGCUGAAAACGACGUUAACAACUACUUCCAGUUAUGCGUUGAGUUGUUCGAUUAUAUGGAUGAUAUCCUUGCGUUACAAGCUGCGGUUUUCGACAGUCUUGGCAAUGCACGAGCGAACUCAAUGACAGCAAGCGGUCAGUGUAGAUUGGCCGCCUUAAUUCCGUGUGCACAGGACGCUUCGCAAAUUUAUGACACAAAUGUCCGUUUGCUGUUCCGACUACAUGCCUUCCUUCCACCUGAUACUCUUUCUGGACAUCGACACAGAUUCCAGCAACAGUUCAAAAAACUAAGUCAGUUCUACAAACAUGCGAGCAGUCUGCAGUAUUACAGGAACCUACUCACUCUACCCGUCUUGCCUUCCAACCCACCUAACUUCCUAUUACAGAGUGACUUCGGCACAUACGUGACGCCAGUAGUGUCAAUUCCGGAUCCUCCGCCAGACGAAGUGGACUCCGUUGGUUCGCUGAUCGACACUUCGGACACUAUUAGCCAGGCGACAACACCGGACCAUUUGGACGCGUUCGACACGCGGGCAACACCUUCACCGCAGCCGGACCCCAUAAUAGAGAGGGACCGAUUGAUCGACCAUUUGCAAAACGAACUUGGGCGAUUAAGGUCGGAAGCCUCCCAAAUGGUGCAAGAAAGAAAUACAAUGUUGGGUUCAAUGAAGGAUCAUUAUAUGAGACUGGAAACACAGCUACAAGCUGCUAAGAUCGAAUUGGAAGAGGAGAAGCAGAAAGCCGAAUUACUAUCAUCGCAAACGCCGGAGAUGCAAAAAAAACUUAUCGAAACGGAAGAAAAAGCCAAAGUCACAGACGAUAAAUUCCAGAAACUCAAGGCCGCAUAUUCACAAUUGAGGGAAGAACACAUCAAUUUGAUUAGACAGAAAGCAGAAAUUGACAAAAUGGCUGCAGGUUUAAGAGCGGCAGCUGUACAGAGCGAAAGCGCCAAAGCGGCUCUACAACAGCAACUGAAUGAUAAUAUGAAGGACAUGGAAAUACUCCAGCAAAACGCGUCAUCGAGUGACGAGAUUGAAGCUUACAAAACUGAAAUAACACACUUGCGAGCUGAAUUGGAACAAUCAAGACAAAAAGAGACAGAACUGGAAACUUUAAAAGCAUCUAUAGAAGCUUUAGAAAUCGAACAUAAAACUGCCACUGCCGAACAAGAAGAAAAACUAAUGACUGUAACAAAUGAAUUGAAAGAAGUCACUGAGAACUUAGAGAAAGUGAAACAAGAUAAAGAGGAGAGUGACAAUGAGUUGAAUAGAAUCAAAGCGGAAUUGGUAGGACUCAGAGAGAAGAGUGGAGAUGAAUAUAAGAAGGUUGUGGAAGAAAAAGAAGCUGCCUUGAAACAAAUGGCCGAGUUGACGCUGCAGUAUCAACAAGAAAAACAGAUGUUGCAAGUUAGGCUCGAGCAAACGGACAAUAAAAGAUUGAAUGCAGAGUGUGAAUUGCAGGAUCUGCUGCAGCACAACCAAGUGCUGGAAGCUGAUCUUGGUGUUCUUAGAAAACAGCUUGAAGACACACAGAAGAUGUUGGAACAACAGAGUACAAAGCUGGUAACCUGCACCAGCAACGCAGCGUUAGAAGUAACAAACGAAGCUUUGGCUGCACUGGAGCGAAGUGACGUAAAGGACUCGAACCGCGUCGCUGCUGAACUUGCCGCCAAGGCGCUGGAAGAUUUGGCUAAACAGAUUGAGGUAAAAGGCAACGAAGAGACACUGGCGCGUUCGGCGAUGUUUGCAGCUCACAACACCGCCACAUUAUCUGCGUACGUCACUGAAGUCUGUAAUACAUCUACUGACAUGGAACUUUCAGACAAACUAAACAACGAAUGCCGAACAAUGCUCACAGCGACGAAGCAAUGUUUAGAGUCACUGAAGAAUGGCACUAUCCAAGGUUCCUCGUGCACUGAAGCGAGAGGGUACGUGAAGAGCCUUGCACAAGCAGCAGCGGCAGCGGAUAGACUCAAUAACGGAACGAGAACCGUCGAUGAUGAACUAUCUGAUAUGGACAAAGCCAUUGAAGAAGCCGCUAAACAGAUAGAGGAAAUGCUAGCUGCAAGUAAAGCAGGGGACUCCGGUGUCAAAUUGGAAGUAAAUGGUAAUAUCCUUGACGCUUGUACAACACUAAUGGGCGCGGUGAAGAUAUUAGUCCAGGACGCGCGAAAGCUGCAGAACGAACUCGGCGACCCCAAAACGCGACAGAAGAUGUACCGGCGCAACCCGCAAUGGUCAGAAGGAUUAAUUUCUGCUGCGAAGGCUGUUGUGUUCGCAGCUAAAUUGUUGGUAUCGUCAGCCGAUGAAGCAGUAGGCGCAACGGGUCGUGUAGAAGGCGUAUCUGCGGCUGCGCACGAGGUAGCGGGCAGUACUGCGCAGCUUGUAGCUGCGUCUCGCGCGAGAGCCCCGCCGUCCUCGCCUGCGUUGGCACAGUUGACGCAGGCUUCGAGAUCCGUCGCUGCUGCCACUGGAGCUGUCGUUGCUGCUGUUAGAGCCGGCUCAGCGUUGGUCAACGAACAAGAGGCGCUAGAUACGUCAGCGCUGACGCUGACAGCGACGCGCCGAUUGGAGAUGGAGAGCAAAGUUCGGUCACUAGAGUUGGAAGUGGCGCUGGACGCGGAGCGCGCUCGGCUCGCCGCGCUGCGCAAGCGGCAUUAUCAACUCGCGCAAAUGGAGGAGAAUGGCAAUUUGACCAACGGGAAAUAAUCUACGUCAAGCAUAAUAGAAUUAUCGAUCAAAAUGUUAGAUGUUAUAAACUUAAUUGUUAUAUACUAUUUUGUCAACAUAAUUAUAACGCAAAGACACUACAGUUAAGAUUUUCGGCGAAAGUUACCCUCUAAAUUGUGUAUCACACUCGAACAUUUUGUUAUAAUUUAUAGUAACGAAUCAUUCUAAAGCACGCAUUUAUUUUUAAAGCGUUACGCUUCAAACAACGAAUAUAUAUUGAUUUUCAAUUUUAAUAAACUUGAUGUAAGGUCAGUGUGGAUUUUUACAAUGUGUAACAGAAUACGUCUUCUGUCUGUGAAGGCUCAAUUUAGAGACAUACACCAUAAUAUUUAAUUCGCAGGUAAAAGUAAAUUAUCGUUGAUUUUGAAGGGCUUACAUUGUAAUUAUACUUAGGGAACAUCUACUGCAUGCUUUUUAUUAAAUAUUUAGUUUAAUACAAAAUCGUUGGGUGCAAGAAUCUGUUGUCCUUGAAAUCUUCCUUUAAGGUACUUUUACCUGCUUGUUGGCAUCCAUUCAACAUGAUCACAAUUUUAAUAUUCUAACAUCAUAUUGUAACACGAAGAUUGGCUAGCACUAUGUCGCAUAACCUCAUUCCUCUACACACAUACACAAUACUGCGGGAAGCGUUUAUGCGACAACGGUCUAUGUAAAUUAAUUUGUGCGUGUUUCUAAAUCGGAACUAAUG